CCAUUUAUUGUAUUGCAUUUUGCGGAGGGUAUUUUCCAUAGGGUCUAGACAUGGUCACACUGCUGUAGACAACUGCAUAAACAUUUCAUCCAGGUGAACAAAAAGUAAAUAAAGAACAAUUUCGACCGCACCGCAAACAAACGGCGAGCAUUAAGAAGAAACUCCACAACGAUGGCUUCAUUUUUCAACGUUGGCGCCUUGGGAAAUGUUUUCUCCACUCCAGUUGGCCAGCGCAUAGAGGCCGCCACCGAUGCCAACCUGGCCUCGGAGAACUGGGCCGCCAACAUGGAGAUCUGCGACAUGAUCAACGAAUCCUCGGACACAGCCCGUGAUGCCAUGCGUGCCAUUCGCAAGCGCCUCUCCCAGAAUGCCGGCAAGAACAACCAGGUGGUGAUGUACACGCUGACCGUCCUGGAGACGUGCGUGAAGAACUGCGGCAAGGCCUUCCAUGUCCUGGUGGCCCAGAAGGACUUCAUCAACGAGCUGGUCAAGCUGAUUGGGCCCAAGAACGAUCCGCCAGCUGCCAUGCAGGAGAAGGUUCUCAGUCUGAUACAGAUCUGGGCGGAUGCGUUCAAGAACCAACCGGAUCUCAACGGUGUCACUCAGAUGUACAUGGAACUGAAAAACAAGGGCAUCGAGUUUCCAGCCAACGAUCUGGAUGCUAUGGCACCCAUUUACACACCGCAGAGGAGCGUUCCCGAGAUGCCUCCUCAGAUGGUGGCCGCUCAGCAGCACACAAUCUCGCCCCAACACAUGGCUGCCGCUGCCGCCGCCGCUGCUGCAGCAUCAGCUCCAGCCAGCACAGGUCCAUUGCAUUUGACUCCAGAGCAAGCGGCUAAGCUGCGUUCCGAAUUGGAGAUCGUUAGCAACAAUAUGUCCAUUCUGAGCGAGAUGCUCAGUGUUCUGAAGCCCGGCCAGGAGUCGCCCGAUGACUAUGCCCUGCUCAACGAGCUCACCUCUACCUGCAAGGAGAUGCAGUCUCGCAUUGUGGAUCUAAUUGGACGUGUCCAGGACGACGAGCUUACCGCGGAGUUCCUGCGCAUCAAUGACGAGCUGAACAAUGUGUUUUUGCGCCACCAGCGUUACGAGAAAAAUCGCUCGCAAGGCCAGGGAGCUGGUGUUACCUCGCCGUCGGCGGUGCUUGGCGCAGCCAUGGGCCUGCCCGGUGUGGGAGCAGCUGGGGCAGGAGCCACCACGGUGGCCACGCUACCACCUCCGCCCACAACUACCGCCGUGAGCAACACGCCGCAAAGUGACCAACUGCUAAUCGAUCUAAUUGAAAGCAGCGAGGAAGCCCAACUGCCACAGAGUUUAGGAGGGCUCAGUCUGGGCGGCGGAGCAUCCACUGCAGUGCAGAGGGGGGCACGACCUGCCGAUGAAUUCGAUAUGCUUGCACAGUCGCGCACCGAUGGCAACCACAAAUCGGACUUGCUAAGGGACAUUCCCUCAGUGGACGCUGCUGCUGGGAGUGUGACUGCCGCCGCCUCGCCUUAUAAACCGAAUCAGCCGCAGCAGGCACAGCGUUCAGCCGGCGAACCGCCGGUGGUAAGUAAAUCGACGAAAGAGAAUGAGAUCGACGAAAUGGAAGCGUGGUUGGGCAGCUCACACAUCGAGGGAAUUGAGGAACUGACCAGCUCCGAGUUUGACAAAUUCCUAGAGGAGCGAGCCGCUGCCGCCGAAAAUCUUCCAACGAUCAGUGCAUCGAACUCCGCCGCCGCCAGUGCAACGACAGGAUCGGCAGGAGCCGACAGCUUACGAAAGACACCAAAGAAACCGGGCGCCGAGGAGGAUCUGCUCGCGCUCUGAGUGAUCUCCUCCAGCACCAUCAUCGGCUCUAAUUGUUUACUCUUUCAAAUGUUAUACACACCCUAACAUACUUAUCCAUAACGUCUAUUUGAUAGCAGAUACAUAUUAACACUUUAUGUAAAAUGCUUUUAAUUUUUACAAAAACCGCAACGAUAACUAUUGAUUAUAUUCCAAAAAACAAGCGAUCUUUUGUUGGUCUAAUUGUAAGCCACUUCUACACAUUGAUGGUAAUUUAAUGUAUUACGUUAAAAGUCUAUUUGUUGUUUAUUUAUACAUAUAUACAUACAUUAUAAAGCUAAUUUAUUUUACAAAAUCGAACGAUCGAAAAGAAAAACUAAAACAAAAAGUAAAUACAUUUCAAGCACAUACCGAA